AUGACCUCCCCGCUCCCCUCCCCGGGCGGUUUUUUACGAUCCCCUUCGAUUCUCUCGGAGCGCCGUGACAUACGCAGGCUGUCUGGCCGGAUCGUCUCUCCAUCAAUAGCUGACCCGACGCCAGCCCCCGAGGGCGACAACGACGCCCCCGCAAUUACAGACGAGAUCAGCGAAAUCAAGCGUUAUGAAGACUUUACGACAAUAGACUGGGUGCAAGAUGCGAUAUACGAGCAGAGCCGGCGACGAGCGAAGCGGCGCAGUGGGAGUGGAUUCUGGAAUCAGGAGGGCACCUUUGGAUGGAGACGUAAGCUGGUGGAGUCGUACGACGCUGGUCAGGCCUGGCUGGUUGUGACGCUGGUAGGUAUGGCAAUCGGGCUCAAUUCAGCUUUGCUGAAUAUCAUUACGGAGUGGCUGUCUGAUAUCAAACUGGGGCACUGUACAACUGCGUUUUAUCUGAACAAGUCGUUCUGCUGUUGGGGCGCGGAAGGGGGCUGCCAGGAAUGGAAAGCAUGGACUGGAUUUUGGCCUCUCAAUUAUCUGGUUUACAUCUUUUUCGCGAUCCUUUUGACAUUCGUGGCCGCGAUUCUGGUGAAAACAUUCGCACCGUACGCUGCUGGCUCUGGAAUUUCUGAAAUUAAGUGUAUCAUUGCUGGAUUUGUCAUGAAGGGAUUUCUAGGUGCAUGGACUUUGGUCAUCAAGUCUAUCGCAUUACCCUUAGCAAUUGCGUCAGGCCUGUCCGUGGGAAAGGAAGGUCCGAGUGUCCAUUUUGCCGUGUGUACAGGCAAUGUGAUCUCGCGGUGGUUUGGGAAAUACAAGCACAGCGCAUCUAAGACUCGAGAGAUCCUGACGGCGUCAGCUGCAGCUGGUGUCGCAGUGGCUUUCGGUAGUCCUAUUGGAGGAGUUCUCUUCUCAUUAGAGGAGAUUGCCAAUUAUUUCCCACUCAAGACUCUCUGGCGCAGCUAUUUCUGUGCCCUGGUCGCAACAAGCGUUCUCGCUGCAUUGAAUCCAUUUCGGACGGGACAGCUGGUCAUGUUCCAGGUUGCAUAUGACCGCACAUGGCAUUUCUUCGAGCUGAUCUUCUUCAUUUUCCUCGGUAUCUUUGGCGGUCUCUAUGGCGCAUUUGUGAUAAAGUGGAAUUUGCGAGUUGCAUCUUUCCGAAAGAAAUACCUCGGAAAAUAUCCUAUCGCAGAAGCUGUCUUCCUUACAGCUCUCACGGCUUUUCUCUGCUAUCCAAACAUGUUCUUGAAGAUUAACAUGACUGAGAUGAUGGAGAUACUCUUCCGUGAAUGCGAAGGUGGACAUGAUUACCAUGGACUUUGCCAAAAACAGAACCGAUGGCAUAUGGUUAUUUCGCUGGCCAUCGCUACGGUCUUGCGUACUAUCUUGGUCAUCAUAUCAUAUGGCUGCAAAGUACCCGCAGGAAUCUUCGUCCCGUCCAUGGCUGUCGGCGCCUCGUUUGGCCGCAUGGUUGGAAUCAUGGUGCAGGCACUUCAUGAACAUUUCCCCAACUCUGCGUUCUUUGCCUCUUGCGAACCCGAUGUGCCUGCAUUACGCCAGAUUGUCGUGGGUAUCACCAAAGCCGUCGGCGACCGGUUCGGAAACGGUGGUAUCGCGGACCGCAUGAUCUGGUUCAACGGAUUUCCUUUCCUCGACAAUAAAGAAGACCAUGUCUUCAAUGUUCCCGUGUCCCACGCCAUGACAACCGAUCCCCUCUCCCUCCCAGCCUCCGACUUCCCCGUUCGCGAAGCAGAGCACAUGCUCAGCGACAACAAAUUCCAAGGAUUCCCAAUCGUGGAAGACCGGAGCAGCAAGACGCUCGUCGGGUACAUUGGACGCACAGAGCUCCGGUACGCCAUCGACCGGGCUCGCAGCCAGGGGCUGCUAUCGCCUCGGGCACGCUGCGUAUUCACAAAAGAGGCCGCCGAAGCUACUGUUGCGCGCCGGGCGUUCGGACCCCAAGCACGGGCAGCGGAUACCUUUGACGCCAUUCAGGCUAGCGUCGGCGCUGGCGUUGUCGAUUUCUCUCGCUAUAUUGACCCUACGCCCCUGACUGUUCAUCCGCGUCUGCCACUUGAGACGGUUAUGGAGAUUUUCAAGAAGAUGGGCCCCCGGGCGAUUCUGGUUGAGCACCGUGGUCGUCUGGUUGGGCUGGUCACGGUGAAAGACUGUCUGAAAUACCAGUUCAAGGUCGAAGCAGAGGAGCAAGCGCUGGCAGCGACGAGUUCAUCUGCGUACAGCGCGCUUGGGGGACAUUUGAACGGCCCCGCGCCAGAAACGCUGGAUGAGCGUCUCUGGGGUCUGAUACAGAAAGUGGUACGCUUUGUAUCGAAUCCUAUUGCUCAUCGGUCUGUCCGGCUACGGGAUCGGGAUACUGGGAGAGGAGCCGAGCACUCUGAUAUCCUGGAUGGGACGGAAGACGAGGGGCUGGUGGAGCUGGUGGAUAGAGAUGAGCGCCCUGCACGAAGUCGCUAG